AUGGAUUUUUGCCAAAAAAUUGUCAAAUUUGGUAUGAAAUUCUAUAAAGCAAACGAACUCGAACCGAUUUUGAAAUGUAUUGAGCCAACGAUUUAUAAGACCCCGAAUAAUAAUACUGCAAUUAUGUCGGAGGCAAAAAGCUGUAUUUUGAAUAACUCUGGAAAUAAGGCUGUUCAAGCUCUUAGUCUUUACAAUAACGUGAAUAAAUGUCUGGAUCCCGAAAGUCUCGAUAGUCUUGCUGAUAAAUUGUGUGAUCCUCUUGUGAAACAGAAUCAACCGUUAAUAAAGAAAAUGAAAAGCACAUUGGCUGACUGCAAAAAGAAUAAUAAGAAGACAGGAGCGGCGAAGCAAGAGGCUUGUGCUCAAAAAGUGUAUGAAGUCAUGCUUGCCAGCAUGACGAAGAAGUACAUCGACAAUCAGUGCAUCAAGCUAGUGAAUAAUAAUGUCACCAAGCAAGAAUGGAAUUGCGCAUUGCAGUAUACCCCACAAGUAUUCAAUAUCAGUGGCUUUGAAUGCUCAAAUAUUAAGAAAUAG